UACACUGUACAAAACAUUGAAUAUACCGAUAACAGCGCUAGUGUUAUCGACAGUCGUUCAUCUCUAGAGAAAAUUUCAUGCGCCAAAAACAUAAACUAAACUGUUGAAAUAACGUGAAGGACACCGAAUUCUCAGUAAAAAAUCGUCCUGGAUAUAAACAAUCAUCUCCUCAUCGGGGGGGUGGCGCAGCAAAGGAAGAAGAAGAGCGACAACGCUGCAACCGAAUAAAAAAAAAAAUUAUAAACAAUAAAGGGAAUUAAGUGAGAAAUAAAUGGUGGCAAUGAUAAAGUGGAGUGUUUAAAGUCCGCUCCAGUACCGGAUAAUCGAAGCAACGAACGAGAUAAUCAGCAAAAGAUGCAGCAAGUGGACGAUCCGCCAUCGCUGCCGGUGGGCACGGAAGUGAGUGCCAAGUACAAGGGAGCCUUCUGCGAGGCCAAGGUCAGCAAGGUGGUGCGCAACAUCAAGGUGAAGGUGGCCUACAAGCAGGGCCUGGGCUCGGGAAUCGUCUCGGAUGACGCCAUCAAGGCACCCACAGGCCAGCUGCGUGUCGGCGCCGUUGUCGAAGUACGGCAUCCGGAUCGCAAGGAGACCGUGGAGGCGACCAUAACCAAGAUCCAGGACUGCUCGCAGUACACGGUGGUCUUCGAUGACGGGGACAUCACCACCCUGCGGCGGACGGCGCUGUGCCUGAAGAGCGGGCGGCACUUCAACGAGAGCGAAACGCUGGACCAGCUGCCCCUCACCCAUCCGGAGCACUUCGGGAAUCCCGUGGUGGGCGGCAGAAGGGGCCGAAGGCGCGGCCAGCUAAACGAGGACAGCUCCGACGACGAUGACGAGAGCGAUGCCAAGGAGGUGGUCAACGAGAAGGAGGAGAACAUCGGCAAGGUGGUGUGCGUGGAGACCGAGUCGAAGAAGAAGGACAAGGAGAAGUGGUUCCCCGCCCUCGUGGUGGCGCCCACAGCCCAGGCCACGGUCAGGAUUCGGGUGAAGGACGAGUACCUGGUGCGAUCGUUCAAGGACGGACGCUACUACACGGUGCCCAAGAAGGAGGCCACCGAGUUCACGCGCGAAGUGGCCAGCAAACAGGACGUGCCUGCAGUGCAGGCGGCCUUGGAGUUCCUCGACAGCAGCAUCCUGCCGCCGCACUGGGAUCGCGACUCCCUGUUCGGCCUCUCCAAUCUCUCCAGCGACGAUGAGGGCGAGAUCGAUUCGGACUCCUCCGACGACGAGCCGCACGAGGAGAAGGAUCGCUUCGUGGCCCAACUGUACAAGUAUAUGGAUGAUCGCGGCACCCCGCUGAACAAGGUGCCCUCCAUCCAGAGCCGGGACGUGGACCUGUACCGACUCUUCCGGGCGGUGCAGAAGCGCGGUGGCUACAAUCGCGUCACCUCCCAGAACCAAUGGAAGCUGAUCGCCGUCCGGCUGGGAUUCACGCCCUGCACCGUCAGCGUCAUGAAUCUCGUGAAGCAGGCGUACAAGAAGUUCCUGCAGCCCUACGGCGACUUCCACCGCAAGCUGGGCUGCUCCAUGCUGAUGACCUCCCGCAACUCCAACCGCAGCAAGGGCCGGAGCCUGGUGCGGGCCAACUCGGUGGCCUCGCCGAAGCCCACGGAAACCACAAAGACCGAAACCAUUAGCAAGCUCGCCCAGCCGAAUCAGUUGGCCAGCACCUCCAGCUCAGCCUCGGCGGCAGCAGCCUCCACGCCGGCCAGGGCGGCCUCCACGGCGUCCCAGUCGGCGGCCGAGGAGUCGGAGAACACGAGCGAAUCCAGCGUGGUGGUGGAGCCCACCACCAAGAAGCAGCGCAAGGGCUCGGCGGCCAGCAGCCAGCAGGGCAAGGUGAAGAGUCUGGUGGAGAAGUACGAGGAGAAGUCAUCCACGGGGCCACCAGGGUCUGGAGCCGGCGCGGCACGAGGAGCAUCGCCGGCAGCGGCCACAGUUCAGGCCUCCACUGGCACGGCUGCCACAGCCUCGGCAUCGGCAGCAGGAGGCACAUCCUCUGCCAGCGGAUCGGCCGCUACUGGAUCGUCCAGCAAGGACACGGAGGCGGACCUGCCGCUGGCCAAGAUUAAAGCGGCUGCUGCAGCCGCGGCGGCCACCAGGAACAGUGCCGAAAAGGAGACCAACAUCAGCUCCGGCAGCAGCGCCUCCGCCUCCAGCAAGGCCAACUCCACGGAGCUGCAGCGCAGUCGAGAUGCCUCGCCGUCGGUUCCUGGAGCCCCUUCAGCCACAGCCCCUCCGGCCGCAUCCCAGCCCACCUCAACCAAGAAGGAGAAGCACCAGCGGACCAAGCAGGCCGACAAAGAUAAAGACAAGGACAAGGACAAAGACAAGGAGAAGGAUAAGGAUAAGGAGAAGGACAAAGACAAGGACAAGGACAAGGAUAAGGAGGAGAAGCAGACGGCGGGCAGCGGAAAGCGCAAGAAGGAGAAGAUCAGCGUGGAGAAGAUCGACACCGGCGACUUUGUCGUGGGCAUCGGGGACAAGCUGAAGGUCAACUACCACGAGAAGAAGUCGCCCAGCUCCCACGGCAGCACCUACGAGGCGAAGGUCAUCGAGAUCAGCGUCCAGAGGGGCGUGCCCAUGUACCUCGUCCACUACACCGGCUGGAAUAAUCGCUACGACGAGUGGGUGCCCCGCGAGCGCAUCGCCGAGAAUCUCACCAAGGGCUCCAAGCAGAAGACGCGCACAGUGAGCACCUCCUCGGCCAACAGUGGCAGCGGCGGCGGUGGUGGAGGAUCCGGCGGCGGUUCUGGAGGAGGAGGCGGCGGAUCAGGUGGCAGCGGAGGAGGAGGCGGCUGCGGCACUGGCUCUCUUUCGGGGCAACAGCCGCCAGGACCAGGUGACAAGCAACUAUCAGGAAAGGAUGGCAGUUCGAAGAUUCCACCGUCGGCUGGGGUGUCCGCCUCAGGAGGAGCGGCCACCGGAACAGGAGCCCCCAACAUGGGCGGAGUCAUCUCCACGCCCGCCUCGAUCUCCGGCGGGGUGCUGAAGACGCCCAACAGUGCCAACUCCGGCAAUAGCAGCACCGCCAGCGGAGCCAAGCGAGGCCGCGGACGCAGUGACUCCAUGCCGCCGCGUUCCACGACCCCGUCCUCAGUGGUCUCUGGGGCCAGUCGCACCAAAUCGCCAGCUGCCUCCCAGCCACAGCUCCAGCAGCAGAAGAAGCGGCCCACUCGCGUCCCGCCGAGUGCUGCGAAUCCGCGCCGUCCGUCGGACGCGUCCAUGGCCACCGAAUCGGACUCGGACUCGGAUGAGCCGGUACGGCGUCCCAAGCGGCAGAAUGCCAAGGAGAAGCCCACACCCGUGGGCAAGGCUCAUGCUGCCCAGUCGUCUGGAAAGGCGGGGAGAGUGGCGACCGUGACAGCACCGCCGCGAAAUGCCAGCGACGACUCAGACGCCGACGAGGAGGAGGACUCGACCGCGGCAGGGGCAGGAGGAGCAAGCGGACCUGCGCCAGAGCCGGCCAAACAACCGCGGGGAUCCCGAGCCGGCGGCAAUCGCGCCAUGAGCAGUGGCGCCGCUUCCACCAAAGGCCGCGACUAUGAUCUCAGCGAGAUUCGCUCGGAACUGAAGGGCUUCCAGCCCCAGUUGCUGACGGGCGAGGAGCGCAAGGACGUGGUGGUGAAGAGCGAACCCAGCACAGAGCCGGGACAGGAGGCGGUCAAGAAGGAGCCCAAGGUGGAGUCCUCGGCGAAGAGCAGCUCGACCGAGCUGUCCUCGGAAACGGAGUCAUUUGUGGACGAGGACUCGCAGUCAUCGGACUAUCGCAAGCAGCCCAAGAUGGGGGCCAAGAAGGAGCCGCCACGGAAGCUCUCCCAUCACGCGGAGCAGCAGGUGUCCAAGCGGGAGGAGCAGCCCCAUGCGGCCGUCAAAGCGGAGCCCAAGGUGGAACCGAAACAAGAGGCUGAGGAGGCGACCAAGCCAGGGAAGCCCUUCCUCUCCGGGCCGGACAUAAAGCCCACCACCUCCAGCCUGAUAGCCCCGGCCAGAUUCGGAACCAACUUGGGAGCCAGUGGUAUCAGCAGUAGCAGCGGCCCAUCCGUAUCGGCCAAGUACACCUCGGUGAUAGUGGAGAAGCCGCUGACCGUGGGCGGCAAGAAGUCCGGAGAACAGCAUUCCGCGAAGAAGGCCGAGCUGCUGAAGAAGCCGACGGGAGCCGGAGCAAGUGGCGCCGCCAUGGAGGCCAAGAAGUUCGCCGAGCCGGUGGCCAGUCUGAAGGUGGAGCUGCCGGCGGCCUGCUCGCCCUCCUCCUCGUCCUCGUCCUCCAGCUCGUUCUGCUCGAGUGCCUCCGGCGGCAGCUCCAGCUCGGCCACUCGAUCUCUGCCGGACAUGAGCAAGCUGGAGAUCAGCAGUGGCACUGCAGCUGCAGCGCCAGGUGCUGCGCCCGGUCCAUCGACCUCCCAGCCCCCGAACCCACCAGCCGCCAGCUCCAAGGAGAGCAAGUACAGCAGCAGUAGCAGCAGCGCCGCCGCCACCACCUCCGCCGGCUCGUCCGGCCUGGGCAUGAGCAAGUCGCUCUCCUCGGACGUGUACGAGUUCAAGGACACGGAACCGUUCGAGUUCGAGAAGCGCAUCUCGCCCAUGGCCGGAGCUACCGGAGGGGGCUCGGGAUCGGUGCUCGUGCCCACUGCUCCGGCCGCGCCACCAUCGGUGUUCACCACCAUAAUGGCCACGGUGGUCGGUGGCAUGCCCAGGAAGCAGACCCUCAAGUCGAUCCAACCGGCUGGCCAGGAGCCUCACCAGCUGCCGCCCGCCGCCGCAUACAGCGGACUGUCCGGGGGCCAGGCCCCCACCAAGAUCAAGAAACGAGGCUCGCCGCUGAAGGAGCCGCCGCAAGGCCUGGAGAAGCCCAAGAUCUACAAGCUGGACAAGGAGCAAGUGCAGCAGCAGCAACAGCAACAACAGCAGCAGUCGCCGCCCAAUCUGAAGGUGAACCAGCCAGCUGGACCAGUGGGCACCCAAAUCAAGGUACACACCACGCCGCCGGGAGCCGGAGGUGGAGGAGGUAUUCCGGGUGCGUCCAGUCCCGCCCAACUGGCGCCGCCACAUCAUGCCACGCCCUUCGAUGCCCUCCGCAAGUCGCCCAGCUUCAAUCUGAACAUCCUGGCUCUGAACGAGGAACUCGCCCAGACGGUCCAGGAAACCACGAGGGCCCUCACGGAUGCCCUGCAGCCGCCGGGACCACCGCCGCCAGCCACGCCACCAGCCAGUGGCAGCAGCAGCAGCAGCAAUGUGCCACCAAUAUCGCCCGUGGCCCCUCCCGUGAUUGCCGCACCCCUGGCCCCGUCCUCCGGCCCGAUAUGUCCCAGUACGCCGCCCGCGGGCGGAGGCACCGCCACACCCAAACUCAGCACACCGCCCAAUCCCGUGAAGCCGGCACCAGCGCCCCACAUUGUGGGCAGUCCCUUCAUCGAGACCCGCAACGUCUUCGAGCUGAGCACCUCCAACGAGGGCAGCGGCUACAGCUCCGGCGAGGGCUCCAAGGACAACAAGCUGGAGCAGCUGGAGAACGUGAAGAUCCUGCUGGCGGGAGCGACGGCCGUGUUCGGCCUGGAUGCGGGGGCGGGCAAGCAGAAGACCACCUCCAUAGCGGACAAGGUGCUGAAGGCGAUCAGCCAGAAGAAGGAGGAGGUGGAGCAGAACAAGAGCAAGCCGCCGGUUGCGGUGCCAGUGCCACCGGUGGUGGAGAUGCCGGCGAAGAUUACCGCGGCAUCGGGCGGAACAGCGGGAGGAGCAACCGGAACGGGAGCAGCAGCUGGAGGAGCAGCAGCAUCGGCAGCUGGAGGAGGAGCUGAUGUGCAGUCGGCGCCACCGACAGCCGCUGUGGUGGUGCCGUGGGAGACCAUGAUGCUGCCCCUGAAGAUCCAAACAGCCGGCCCGCUUCUGGGCGAGAUCUAUCGACCCGGCCCGGCCACCAGCAGUCCCGAGACCAAGUCCAUUCUGGAGUCCUCGCUGCCGGCGAAGAACAGCGAGCUGAGCGAGACCAUCCAGAAGCUGGAGUGCGCCAUCCAGCAGCGCAAGACGCCGGUGGGCGGCGCCCUCUCCCUGGCCAGCUCCACGGCCGGCACACCGCCGGCAGCCAACACCCCCAACUCCACGGUGACGGCCGGCGCCGGCGGCUUCUCGGACGAGUCCAUGGACAGCACCGAUUCGGAGCAGCGGCUGGUCAUCGAGGAUGUGAUUGCCGAGGAGCAGACAACGACGACGACGACGGGCGAGCAGAAGAGUCCCGGCUCCGGGCAGGAGGAUGGCCAGAACAUUUCCACCCUGACGGCGGAGACGGAGGCCACCAGCAGCAGCGACCCGGCUCCCGUGAAACUGGACGUGGGCGGCAAGGCGCAGCCCGGCAUCCAGGCACCCAUUCCGGUCAAGCUGACGGAGAGUUCCUUCGCCGGCAAGCUGUCGGCGGUGACGCAGCAACCACCGCCCCUGGCCAAGCUCCAGGCAUCCGAGGCGGAGGCAUCCAAGGCCAAGGGCAGCCUUAGCUCCUUCGGCAUCCCCAUAGUGCUGCCCGAGAUUCCCGCCUCCGUGGUGGUGGCCACGCCAGCCCUAAUGGUGGCCUCCACGGCGGCGGCCGAGUCCUCCGAGGCGGCAAUGGCGGCGGCGAUGGCCACCGUGAUGCGUCACAGUCCCGGAUCUCCGGCUCAGGCCUUGGCCUCGCCCAAGGGCUUCCAGCCAUCCCCAAAACUGGCCGAAUCCCCGGCUGGCGGUCUGCUCCUGAAGACCUAUUCCACUCCCAUGGGAUCGGGACUGAUUGCCGGAGUUACGGGAGUGGCAGCCGGAGUAGCCACAUCCGGAGCACCUGCAGCCGCGACGAGCUUCCAGCAGGAUCAACCGAUGCCCGCCGAAAUCCCCACCAGCUACAUAGCCGACCAGGAUGCCGGAGAGACUUCCAGCACCAGCUCCCCGGUGGUGGCGCGCCCCUUCGUCAUGCACGCCGUGGGCAAGGAGAUCUUCGGCAAUGUGGUGGCGCCCGCGGCCAGUUCUCCGCUCAUCAGCGAUCCCCACAACGAGUCCAUCAACCUGCUCUGCGAGGAGACGAUUCCGGGCAGCCCGGCGCCCCUCUACGGCGGCAAGGACGACCAGCUGACCAACCCGGCUUUGGCCGGACUCUCGGGCAUAGCUCCCCUGCCGCCCGACACUCCGCCGCCGGGAGCCGUGCCCGCCAUCCAGCAACAGAUCCAGAUCCAAACCACCAAUCCCCAGCAGUCGACGGCGGCCGCAACGGGUUCGGAAGUGAUUCCUUCGGCGGCGACCAGCUCGCCGGACUCGGCCAGCCAGGACGAGAGCGGGGAGGAGACCAAGAAGCACGCCGAACUGGAGCACGACCUGGAGGCGGGUGGAAUGGGCGUCCUCAACAAGAGGAAGCGCACCCGCAAGCAGGUUCCCCUCAGCCAGGCGGCCCAGGCUGCGGUCGCCGCUCAGCUGCAGUCGCUGAGCAAGCGCCGCCGCCAAGUGUCCGGCAUGCGCAACCAGAAGACCGCCACGGCCACAGCCGGCUCCGACACGGAUGACAAUUCGGACAACCUGGCGCCCAGUUCCGGGCAGACGCAGCAGCGGCAGAGUGCACGCCAGCAGCUGAUGCCGCAGAGCAAUCCCCAACAGCAGCAGCAGCAGCAGGCCCAGGCCCAGCACCUGGCCCAGCAGCAGGCGGCGCUGCAGGCUUCCCUGGCCAGCAGCCAGUCGGGAGUGCGUCCGUGCCCCUACAACUUCCUCGUGGAGCUAGAUCCCGCUCUCAGCUCCGACGAGUGCAUCACCAUUCUGCGCAAGCAGAUCCAGGACCUGAGGAAGGCCUACAACACCAUCAAGGCGGAGCUCUCCGUCAUCGAUCGGCGGCGGAAGAAGCUGCGGCGGCGGGAGCGCGAGAAGAAACAGCACCAGUUGCAGAGCCAGCAGCAGGGCAAGGUCUGUGCCUAAUCCCGGCCAGAACCGGCAACAUACAUUACAAAGAUCACAUUGUAUAAAGCCUCGAAGUGGUGACUUUUUUUUGGAUGCCUAGUGUGUAGAUCGUAAUGAACUAGUCUUAAGCGCAAUAACCAUGUUCGAACCGAAACCGAGAGAGGUUUCCAAAAAAUACAUUUCGUAAGAUGUA